AUGAGUUUCGCCAAGAUUCUCGCAUCUGCGGCCUUCAUCGCUCUCGCCAAGGGGCAUGUCAUCAUGGCGAACCCGGCCCCGUUCACCUCGCCGGCUGUCGACAACAGCCCACUGGACGAUAGCAACUUCCCGUGCAAGGCGACGACGGGUGCCACUUACUCGGGUACUGCGACCCAGAUGGCACUCGGGUCGAAUCAGAGCCUGAGCUUCAUCGGCUCGGCUGUGCACGGCGGUGGCUCCUGCCAGGUGUCCAUCUCGUACGAUACGGCCCCGACCAAGCAGAGCGACUGGAAGGUGAUCCAUAGUAUUCAGGGGGGUUGCCCGGCUCGCGGUCAGGAUGGCAACUUCGCUGAGGACCCGAAUUUCCAGAACCCCAACGAGUACGAGUUCACGAUUCCGUCUGACUUGCCCGCUGGAAAGGCUACUUUGGCCUGGACGUGGUUGAAUGUCAUAGGUAACCGCGAGUUCUACAUGAACUGUGCGCCUAUUGAGAUCACCGGGUCGGGUGGUGACCAGUCUGCGUACGAGAAACUUCCUAACAUGUUCGUUGCCAACUUGCCCAGCAUCAACCAGUGCGCCACCACGGAGAAGGAGAAUCCCCUCUUCCCCGACCCUGGUACUUCGGUCGAGAACAAUGAGGGCACGUACCCCCUCGUCGAACUUGACUGCGACGGUGGCGUUGGUUACGGAAGCGGUAGCUCGGGCGGGUCUGACUCUGGCUCCGGCAGUGGUUCUGAUGCUGGUACAUCGAGCGCUGUCGCCAGUGCCCCCGCCUCGACCGCCUCGGUCCCUGGUGGUGUCUUCAUCACCGUCACCGGGGUUGCCGGCUCCGCCACUGCCGCCCCCACUACGGCCGUUGCCUCUUCUCCUGCCACUUCACCUGCCACUUCACCUACCGCAACUGCAUCCGCCAGUGCUGGCUCGGGGACAGGAUCGGGUUCGAGCGCAGUUGCUCAGACGGGUGCUUGUACCGUGGAGGGUGAGUACAACUGCCUAAACUCCUCGUUCCAGCAGUGUGCCUCGGGUCAGUGGUCUGUCGUCAUGCCCAUGGCUGCCGGCACUGUUUGCACGCCCGGUCAGUCGGCCACCUUGGACAUGAAAGCCAGC